ACUUUACUGGUGCACACACGUAUUUCUUCCGGUGGGUAACUGACUAGCCAUGACACAAGGCGAGCGCAGAAAACCAAUGAUUUCGUCAGUAUUAUAUGAAUAUAGAAAAGGAUAAAUUAUUCAUUUUGAGAUUUUAUUGUAGUCGUGCCGUUAAAUCGUCGAAUUGUUGCUUUUCUAUUGGUCAAACAUAUCCACGCAAGCCUGUCAUAUUAGAGGCAUGAGGCUUCUGCAGCGUGUGCUAGUUGCCUAUAUGUUGUCAUUUUCAGGCACUGAGUUUUAAUUUUUUAAAGUUCUACUAUAUAGUAUUAUUAUGUUAUGUUAGUGAGUAACCAGUUCUAUCUUGGAAUGACAUGGAUAGGGAAACUUUUCACAAUUGCAGUAGUUUGGUUAAAAUGCCCAGACAGAUCCAGCAGCAACACUGCUCCUCACAUUUCAUUGAUUACAUAGAGAAAGAAAUACCAUACACCAAAUUUUUCAAGAAUUACUUGAUUCCUAACCAUCCCUGCAUGUUCUCCAAAAAAUUCACUGAAGACUGGAACUGCAGGAAAAACUGGGUUACAGAUGAAGGGAAACCCAAUUUCCAGAGACUUCUGCAUGAAUUUGAUGAGGCUCCUGUUCCAGUUGCAAACUGUAAUGCAAAAGAAUAUAACUCAAAUCCGAAGCAGAUCAUGUCUUUUAAGGAGUUUAUCCAGUACUGGAGAGAGUACAUACAGAAUGGACAUUCUUCACCCAAAGGAUGCUUAUACCUAAAGGACUGGCAUAUUCACAGGAACUUUCCUGACCACAAUAGUUACAAGACCCCAAUCUACUUCUCUUCUGAUUGGCUAAAUGAAUAUUGGGACACGAUUGAAGUGGAUGAUUAUCGAUUUGUCUACAUGGGACCUAAAGGGUCAUGGACACCUUUCCAUGCAGACGUGUUUCGCUCUUACAGUUGGUCUGCCAACAUCUGCGGACGUAAGAAAUGGCUCCUGUACCCUCCAGGACAAGAGGAGUUCCUCCGGGAUUGCCAUGGCAACUUGGCCUAUGACGUGACAGCACCAGUACUUCAAGACAAAGGUUUAUAUGCACAGUUUGAAGAGGCCUGUCAGCCUUUAGAGAUCAUUCAAGAAGCUGGCGAGAUCAUCUUUGUUCCAAGUGGUUGGCAUCAUCAAGUUUACAAUUUGGAGGAUACGAUCUCAAUCAAUCAUAAUUGGCUAAAUGGCUGUAAUUUGGACAUCAUGUGGCAGUUUCUGCAGGAUGAACUUUCCUCUGUCCAGAGAGAGAUUGAGGAAUGGCGUGAUACUAUGGACACCUGGCAUCAACAUUGCCAGGUGAUCAUGAAAUCAUGUACAGGAAUUGAUUAUGGGGAGUUUGCUACUUUCCUUAAGACCAUUGCAAAUAAUCGAAUAUCAUUUUUAAAUUCAUGCCCUCGAAAUGCAGACAAUUGCCAAGGUCACCUUGGUGAAAAUCUGUUUGCAUUGGGCCCUCACCAUGCAGCUUUUGAUUUGCAGAGAGUAUUAUAUAUAUUUGAAAGCAUGCUGGGCAACGAAGACUUUAAGAGAUUGGACCCUACAUCCCUGAGCUUCAAACCAGAGGAUUUACUUCAGGAGAUAAGAGAUGCUGUUCGUACCAUUGUAUAAUACAUGGUAUUGUGCAUAUACCACUAUUGUACAAGUUCAAAAAAGGAAAUGCGUUAAUAAAUCCUUUUAUCAAUGAUA